GUCGCUGUGCUCGAGCAGGUAGAACAGGAACAGCAUAUUCAUUGAUUACACCGGACGAAUAUCCAUAUAUGUUAGAUUUGCAUUUAUUUUUGGGACAAUCUCUGUCGAUAAUAAAUUCAAGUAAUCCUAAAGGCAAUAUUGGAUGCAUUCCUCAAAGUCUAAUAGAAGAACAGCAUGGUACUAUUAUAAUGCUUCAUGAUACAAAUCCGGAUUUACUUCAAAUUAAGCAAACGGCCGAUAAAGCGUAUACUAAAUAUCUUCAAACUAGACCUGUGGCUUCAGUGGAUAGCAACCGCCGUGCUAAACAAUUCUUAACGAAUAAGUGUGGCACUCACGCAUUUUUCAAAGCUCAAAAUAAUGAUUUGCAAGAAGAACGUGAAAAUAUUUUGCAACAAAUGAAAAACUAUCGUCCUCAAGGUACAGUAUUUGAGGUUUGUAGUAAAACAAAAUCGCAAGAUUAUUUGGUUAUGAAAGCUACACGAGCAUUUCACAAAUCCGCCAGAACGGCGUACAAGAAAAAUAUGGAAAAUCAGUCAUCAGUUUCAGAAACGAAAUUGGUUGCUCUGCCGGAAAGUACAAAAACUGAAAUUGAAAGUGUAUUUGAUGAAAUUGUUACUUCCAAAAAGAGAAAGUUAGAUUACUUGAAUGAUAUUAAACCCAAAAAACAGAAAGAUGAAUAUUACAUCCCCUAUUCGGCACCUGACAAAUUUACGGAAGAUGGAAUGGCAAUAAAUAAUUUCCAACGGGAAGCAUCACAAGCACAAUUUGAUUUGACAGCCGAUACCACCGAAGACAUAAAAAGGGCGAAACAACAAAUGCGUUGGGAUAGGAAGAAGAAAAAAAUGGUAGGAGCCAAAAAUGACUUGAAAGUGGGCAAGCUAAAAACCGAAGGCGGAAAAUGGAUUCCUGCUUCUUAUAAAACUUAUCGAUAUGAAGAAUGGAAAGAAAAGACUAAAGCUGCUGAAAAUGAAGACAAUAAUGAAGAUGAUCAAUUGAAUGAUCAAGGAAGAUACAACAAACGCUCGCGUUGGGGAAAACAUAAUGAUAUGAACAAAAACAAAAAGGCCAAAUCAGAGCUGAGGAGUGUCGAUCAGAUUGUGAAGCAAAGAAAAAUUACUGAAAAGAAAAAAUUACGCCAGAAUAAAAAAUUGCGAAAGAAAACAAGAAAGUAAUGUCGAGGGCUGUUGUUGUUCUAUGUAAAAUAAAUACAUUUUGACAGAUUUAUGUUCUAGGUA